UAUUUUGGAGUAGGUUAAAAAAAAACAACAGCGGGAAUGACAGCCGAGGAUAUAAAAUUUUUAGUCAAUUUACUUUUUGUUUCAUAAUCAAUAUGUACAAAGGAUUCACAAGAAUACUGGCUCUUUACUGUGCAGACAAAGUUCAACCAUGUGUUCCUCCUAUACUUAGAAGUAACGUGUUAGGCACGCGAAAAGGUGGUCAUAAUAUAGGUUAUAUUUUCCUUAGGGGUAAGAAGUAUGAUCGUGGUAAUCCUUCGGCAUUGUUCGUUCCCAUACCCGUUAAACCGAAUCCGGAUGACAUAAACGUUGGUGAGGAGUUCACGGGCCGUAUUAAGAAACAAGAUCUUCUAAAGAUUCUCAACAAAUUCUACCAGAAACCAGAGAUCAGAGAGUUGGCUGCUGAGAAUGGGCUAGAUGAUCAGCUGUUGCAUCAGGCUUUUUUGUCGUUCCGAAGACAUUGCUUAGAACAUGACCUGCCUCCUGAUUUGCACAUAACCAUAAGUGAUAUUAUACAAGGUGCUGGCCAUGUGGACGACCUGUUUCCAUACUUCUUGAGACAUGCAAGACUUGCAUUUCCACACCUUGACUGUUUGGAUGAUCUCAAAAAGAUAUCUGACCUAAGAACACCUGCUAAUUGGUACCCUGAAGCCAGAGGAAUGAACAGAAAAAUUGUAUUCCAUGCUGGACCUACCAACUCAGGCAAGACCUAUCAUGCGAUGGAGAGGUUUCUAUCAGCUAAGUCUGGUGUCUACUGUGGACCCUUAAAACUAUUAGCAACAGAAAUAUACCAUAAAUCUAAUAAACAUGGCACACCUUGCGACCUUAUAACAGGGGAAGAAAGAAGGCACGCGUCACUCUACGCCACGGUCGCAAAUACUGAGGAUCUCGAAGUUGCGACCACACAAGACAGACUCUUAGGAUUAGACGCGUCAGAACUUACCCCCUCCACUCAUGUAGCGUGUACAGUUGAGAUGACGUCACUUAGUAAUACAUAUGAAGUAGCCAUUAUUGAUGAAAUUCAAAUGAUUGGCGACAGGGGACGAGGGUGGGCGUGGACAAGGGCUAUAUUAGGACUACAAGCUGAAGAAAUACAUUUAUGUGGAGAACCUGGUGCAAUACAUCUCAUAGAAGAAAUAUGUAAUACAACUGGUGAAAUAUUAGAGGUACGCACGUACAAAAGAUUAACAGAACUUAAAAUAGAAGACUCAGCUCUGGGGACACUGGACAAUGUGAAGCCUGGUGACUGUAUAGUGUGUUUCAAUAAAAACGACAUUUACAGUGUAAGUCGAGCCAUAGAACAGAGGGGGCAAGAGGUUGCGGUGAUAUACGGUAGUCUGCCGCCUGGUACGAAGUUGGCACAGGCUAACAAGUUCAAUGACCCUAACAGUUCGUGUAAGGUCAUGGUUGCGACAGAUGCUAUAGGCCUUGGAAUUAAUCUGAGUAUACGCAGAAUAAUAUUUUAUUCACUAAUUAAGCCAGUAGUGAAUGAAGACGGAGACAAAGAAAUGGAUAUUAUAAGUAUAUCACAGACCCUGCAAAUUGCUGGUAGAGCAGGGCGCUACGGCAGCGCGUGGGAGACGGGCUACGUGACAACGUUCAGGCCGGAGGACCUCGCCACGCUGAAGACGCUGAUGUCCAACCUGCCCGAGCCCGUGGCACAGGCAGGCCUGCAUCCCACGGCCGAACAGAUGGAACUGUACGCCUAUCACCUACCUCACGCUAGCCUUAGUAGUUUAAUGGACAUAUUCGUCCACCUGUGCACAGUGGACGACUCACUAUACUUCAUGUGCAACACAGAAGCGUUCAAGUUCCUAGCAGAGAUGAUCCAACACGUGCCUUUACCACUGCGAGCGCGCUACGUGUUCUGUUGUGCACCGAUCAAUAACAAACUACCAUUUGUUUGUGCUACAUUCCUUAAGAUGGUGCGUCAAUACAGUCGCAACGAGCCGCUCACUAAGAACUGGCUCGGCAACGCGGUGGACUGGCCGCUGCCCGCACCGAAGACCAUCAUGGACUUAGUACAUCUCGAGUCAGUUUUCGAUGUACUCGAACUUUAUUUGUGGUUGAGUUACCGAUUCCCUGACAUGUUUCCCGACGUGAAGUUGGUGCGAGAUAUGGAAACUGAACUAGAUGCCAUCAUACAGCAAGGAAUAUUCCAAAUAACUAGGCCCUACCGAGAACCUAAAACAUCCACAGGUUCGCAGUUUCGAAGCACGAAAUCCAACGAUAGUAUCUCAGUUACUCGCAGGUUGCUAAGAAACUCAGAGCAAGUACUACGAGACGACCCCUCAAUGGCCGCCGUGAGCAACAAGCGACACACGAGAGCGCUCAAAUCAAGUGAUGAUUCGAAAGGAAAACUUUCAGAUUUGCUUGUUGCUAGGGGUUUAAUAACACCACAAAUGUUGAAGAAACUCCAACAAGAGCUUACAAUUGAAAAGAAACCAGAAAGAAGUAGAAAUAAUAGAAAUAGGAGGAAAUGAAGCUUUAAAUUUUUGUAAAUAGUCCAACCAACUUACUGUAAUAAACAGUUCCAGUGACUUAGUUACAAUAAGA